AUGGCUCCCCCCACAAGUUUGGGCGAGCAAACAGUAUGGUUUGUGACUGGUUGUUCAUCCGGUUUGGGCAAAGCAUUCGCGCGGGCCAUUUAUAGCGCCGGUCAUCGUAUUGUGGCCACCGCUCGAGAUAUUACAUCGCUCUCAUACCUACCAGAUUGUCCUACCGUGCUGAAGAUCAAGCUAGAUGUGACAUCCCAGCAAGCUAUUGAGAAUGGCUUUACGGAGGCAUUGGCAAAGUUCAAUGAGAUAUAUGUCGUCAUCAACAACGCUGGAUAUGGUCUUAUGGGGGACAUGGAGGCAAUCACUGAAUCGGAUGCUCGCCACCAACUAGAGACCAAUUUUUGGGGUCCUGUCCACGUAACUCAACAAGCCCUCAAGGUAUUUCGAGAAAUCAAUCCUAAGGGAAGAGGCGGUACAAUAGUUCAAGUAUCCUCCGUUGGAGGCUUCUUGACUGCACCUGGCCAUUCUUUCUAUCAUGCCAGUAAAUUCGCCUUGGAGGGAUUUACAAAGUCCGUUUCAAAGGAGGUCCGCCCAGAAUGGAACAUCAACUUCUUGACUCUUUCCCCGGGAGGAGUACGCACGAACUUCGCCGAGUCAAGCCUCCUCUCGCCGCCUCGACAUGCGGCAUAUAACCUCCCAGACGGGGCGUUCAGUCAGUUAGUUGCAUAUAUACAAUCUCAAACAACCUGGAGUGAUCCAGAUAACUGUGCUCGUGUUCUUUUUGAUUGUGUGGUGCGACAAAAUGAGAGACCACUUCCUACGCGUCUACUCAUGGGAUCUGAAACUAUUCCAUAUAUAAGGGAGGAGAUCAAGCAUAUAUUGGAGGAGGUGGGAGAUUGGGAAGCAGAGACUUCCAAGUGUUCAUAA